AUGGUAGCCAGCUUCGACUCUCCAGACGGGGCCGAUGUCAAGAACUUUGGGCACGCACAGUUCAUGAGGGACCAGCAAAGAGCUCUGGCGGCAUUACAUCGUCGCUUGACGCUAGACGGUGUCGAGUUUCCCGUUAUUGAUCGGAAGAGGGUGCCGCCGGGCGUAGUUAAAGUCCCGGUCACUUUGCACCAGCAUGUACCUAGCAACGCGAUUUUUGUGGGCGGGUCGAUGGGCAUGCAGGUAAUUGAGCAGGAAGACGACCAAACGGCGGCUCAACCUGCUUCGGGAUGGUGGCUGCUGUCAGCCAUCGAGGACCCAAGUAUACCCCCUCCCCAAAGAUCGCCCGAAGGACAUUGCAAAGUUGGGACCGUCGCCAACCGUAUAGCCGGCGACUUCACUGGUCGGAGGGUGCUCAGGGAAAUCACCAUCGAAGAGGCGCCGUAG